AUGACGACUUUGGACGACAAGAUCCUGGGAGAGAAGCUGCAGUAUUACUACAGCAGCAGUGAAGAUGAGGGAAGUGACAACGAGGAGGACGACGGAGAAGGGAAAACCAUCCGUGAGGCUAACGUGGCCAAGCCGGAGCUGGACUACAGCGCGGACGGGACAUCAGUGAACACAGGACCAAAGGGAGUGAUCAAUGACUGGAGGAAGUACAAGCAGCUUGAGGUGGAGCAGAAAAAUGAACAGAAAAAAGAAAUGGAAAGACUCAUUAAGAAACUAUCUAUGACGUGUCGCUCGGACUUGGAUGACGAAUUAGACAAACAAAAACAAAAGGAAUUACAAGAUAAGAUCAAAGGAAAGAUGACGAUGCAGGAGUACAACAUGCUGCAGGAGGAGCAGGACGACGAGGACUUCCUGCAGAGGUAUCGCAUGCAGCGCAUCGAGGAGAUGAAGAAACAGUUCUGUCGAGGGAAGCGCUUCGCUCAGGUCUACGAGCUCAACAACGGAGAGGACUUCCUGGAGGCUCUGGACAAAGAGGACAAGAGCACGCUGGUCAUGAUCCACAUCUACGAGGCCAACAUCGCGGGCUGCGAGGCCAUGAGCGGCAGCCUCAUGUGUCUGGCUCAGGAAUAUCCUCUGGUCAAGUUCUGCAGCGUCCGCAGCUCGGCCAUCAGCACCAGUGCCAUGUUCAGAGACUCCGCCCUCCCCGCGCUGCUCGUCUACAAAGCGGGGGACCUCAUCGGCAACUUCGUGCGGCUCACAGACCAGCUCGGGGACGACUUCUUUGCCAUGGACUUGGAGGCGUUACUGCAGGAGUACGGCCUGCUCCCAGAGAAGUCGUCCUCCAUCUCCACCAUCCGCAACGGCGCCAUCGUACAGACGGUCCAGAGCGACGACGACUCCGACCUCGAUAUAGACUAG